UACGCUAACACCAAGAGUCUGUUCUUUCCAUUACACAUAGUACUUGUUCACAAUAUAAAUAUUGCCGCGAAAAUAAAAUAAUAAGAGGUGGCUGCAUGAGAUGGCGGAGGAGGAAUUGCGCUCUUUAGAGUAUACACCGACAUGGGUGAUUGCUGCUGUCUGCUUCAUAAUCGUCUUCAUCUCUUUGGUCGCAGAGCGCGGUCUUCAUCGUCUAGGAAAGUGCUUAAAGCAUAGAGGUCAAGAUGCCUUGUACGAGGCUUUACAGAAACUGAAAGAAGAGUUGAUGCUCCUGGGAUUUAUAUCCCUGCUACUAACAGUCUCACAAGGACCGAUAAGCAAUAUGUGCAUCUCCCUUCAUCUUGCUUCUAUCAUGCUUCCAUGCAAAUUGCCUCAUGAAUCCUCCUCAGCUCCUGCCACGGAACAUUUUCACUUGCACCAUACUUAUAACAAUGGCCGUCGACGCCUUCUCUCCGAAGGCAGUGAGUCCCAAUAUUGUGCUCACAAGAAUAAGGUGCCAUUAUUCUCCAGAGAAGCUCUGCAUCAGCUACACAUAUUCAUAUUUGUGUUGGCUGUUGUUCAUGUCAUCUUCUGUGCAACUACCAUGGUUCUUGGAGGGCUAAAAAUUCAAGAAUGGAAGCGCUGGGAAAAUUCAUCUAUGACAGAGACCAAUGCUCCUAACGUGAUUCGCAGACAUCAUCUUCAAUUUUCCAAAAGCCGCGCAUUUGGAUACUGGAGAAAGUAUCGUGUCAUCGGUUGGAUGAGGUCCUUCUUUAAACAAUUCUAUGGUUCGGUCACAAAGGCCGACUACAUUGCACUGCGAGCUGGAUUUAUAGAGGAACAUUGUAGAUCCACGCCCAAGUUCAAUUUUCAUAAUUACAUGUUGCGGACAUUAGAACACGACUUCAAACAUAUGGUUGGUAUAAGCUGGUACUUGUGGCUCUUUGUUGUGGUCUUUUUGCUGCUCAAUCUUGCAGGAUGGCACACCUACUUUUGGCUAUCAUUUCUACCUCUAGUACUACUGCUGCUUGUCGGAGCUCACCUGGAACAUAUUAUUACCCGCUUAGCCAGAGGAGUUGCAGAAAGAAACACAGCGGAGGGUCAAGCAGCACCAGUUAAACCCUCUGAUGAUCAUUUUUUCUUGGGACAUCCUAAAUUUAUUCUUCACUUGAUUCACUUCAUUUUAUUUCAAAAUUCAUUUGAAAUCGCCUUCUUUAUUUGGAUCUGGACAUCAUACGGAUUCCGUUCAUGUGUAAUGGAAAAGCUUGUUUAUAUCAUCCCAAGACUCGUCAUAGGGUUUAUAGUCCAAGUGCUUUGUAGUUAUAUCACCUUACCCUUAUAUGCUCUUGUGACACAGAUGGGAUCUCAAUUCAAACCAGCUAUAUUCAAAGAGGGUAUCCGUAAUCUUGUUGGGGACUGGGCGGGUGGACAUGUACAUAAUAGCUUGACCAACAUGCCUUCCAGCGCUGAUACGAUAAAUAAACUGGAAACAGAACCAUACAAUGGUAUCCAUGUCGAGGAACAAGAGAUAAUAGUUGAUCAAAGAACAAACUCCUCAGCAGUUGAACUAUUUCCUUCCUUUCCAAAUAACGGAACUUCCUAUCCUUAGAGAUUAUCACCCACAUAAACAUGUAUGAUAACGAUAGGUUCAUUUCAGUCUUUGGUAUUACAGAUACCCUAUGCUUUACAUUA